GUUGCCUGGUUGCAUUUGAAAAGCAGCUUGUUUUCUGGAGAAUGCUGAAAAUCUCUAUCAAGUCUAAUUCUCUCUCACUUGUCUGAUGGAAUGGUGAUGUUUCAGGAAGCUCACAAAGUAAUCUUUCUUAAGAAUUUUCAUUGUAAACAAACAGUUUAUUAGGAUUUCUUUUAAAAAAAACUGACGGAGAGAUCACUCUAGUGUUGGAUGAUUCAUUCAGGUUAUCAGGGUUAACAACUCCUAACAACUCCUAUCAGUUCUUCUGGCACGGUUCGCUGUAAACUUUCUUCCUUUGUUAGAGGUAUAUCAACUGCAAUGUCUUCGGAGGAGAAAUCCAGUGGGCUGGAUAAUUACAGUUAUAUUAAUGAAGAUGGAGAUGCUCCUAAUAUCAGUGAACACGAGAAAAUUGAGAAGAGCAACAAACUUUCUUCUGAGGAUAAGAAUUCAAACAAGUUGGCUUACAUUAUCACUGAUGUCCCUCCAUGGUAUCUGUGCAUAUUUCUUGGCAUUCAGCAUUUCCUGACUGCAUUGGGUGGAAUAGUUGCCAUUCCCCUCAUUCUGUCUCGAGAGCUCUGCUUACAACAUGACCACAUCACACAGAGCAAGCUCAUCAGCAACAUAUUCUUUGUGUCAGGAUUCUGCACUCUGCUUCAGGUCCUUUUUGGGGUAAGGCUGCCCAUCCUACAAGGAGGUACAUUUGCAUUCCUGACUCCUACACUAGCCAUGUUGUCUUUGCCAAAAUAUAAAUGUCCUGAAUGGACAUACAAUCAGACAAAAGUUAACACCAGUGAUCCCAUCUUUAUUGAAAUAUGGCAGUCACGCAUGCAAGAGCUCCAGGGAGCGAUUAUGGUAGCAUCGUGUUUCCAAAUAUUUGUGGGAUUUUCUGGUUUAAUUGGAUUUUUGAUGCAAUGCAUUGGACCUUUAACCAUCGCCCCAACAAUCUCUUUGAUUGGAUUGUCUCUUUUUGAUUCUGCUGGAAAUGACGCAGGAACUCACUGGGGAAUUUCAGGCAUGACCACAGGCUCCAUUGUAAUAUUUUCCCAAUAUUUGCGACAUAUUCCAGUACCCUUUCCUGCUUUUAGCAGGAGCAAACAGUGCCAUAUUUCCUGGAUGUACAUGUUCCAGAUUUUUCCGGUGCUCCUUGGCAUUGUAGUUUCGUGGCUUUUCUGUUUUAUACUCACAGAAUGCAAAGUCUUUCCUGAGGACCCAGAUGAUUACGGAUAUCAAGCCAGAACGGAUGUGAAGUCGGACGUUGUUCAGCGAGCUGAUUGGUUCCGUUUCCCUUACCCAGGUCAGUGGGGAGUUCCAACCAUAAGCAUUGCUGGUGUUUUUGGAAUUCUGGCUGGAAUGAUUUCUUCAAUGAUCGAGUCUGUUGGUGACUAUCAUGCCUGUGCACGCUUAUCCGGUGCUCCUCCUCCUCCAAAACAAGCCAUAAACCGUGGGAUUGGCAUUGAGGGAAUCGGCUGUCUCCUGGCUGGAGCAUGGGGCACAGGAAACGGGACCACCUCCUACAGUGAAAAUGUUGGUGCUUUGGGCAUUACCAAGGUUGGGAGUCGUGCGGUAAUCAUCACCAGUGGGAUUUUACUGAUCUUCAUGGGAUUGUUUGUUAAAAUUGGAGCGAUUUUCGCCACCAUUCCACAGCCAGUUAUUGGUGGAAUGUUGAUGGUGAUGUUUGGUGUUAUUACAGCCGUUGGAAUUUCAAAUUUACAGUUUGUAGAUAUGAAUUCUUCAAGGAACAUCUUUAUUUUUGGAUUCUCUAUGUUUGCUGGCUUGGUCAUACCUAACUGGAUGAAUAAGCAUCCCGAUGCAAUCCAAACAGGAGUACUCCCACUUGAUCAAGUUAUCUAUGUUCUUUUAACGACCAGUAUGUUUGUUGGCGGAUUCUUUGGAUUUUUUCUGGAUAACACUGUACCAGGAUCAGAGAAGGAACGGGGAAUACUAACUUGGAAAGAAGCUCAUAUCAAAGAGGGAGACACUGCAUGUGACACCGCUUGCUAUGACUUACCCUUUGGUAUUGGUACAAAGUGCUGCACUGGCUCAUGGCGGAGGUUUCUCCCCUUUUGUCCAAAGCCAAAACCAAAACCCGCUGCCGAACCAGCAGUAGAAGUGAAGCCUGAGGAAAAUCAUAAGGAGACUCUGUUUUAAUUACAGGGAAAACAAAACUCUUCGAACUCCCCUCUGCAAUUCUGCAAUCAACUUUUGAGAAAGAGCACAAUAGACCAGGAGAUGGAGACCAGUACAAUUCCUAGACCUUGAUCAAAUCAAUUAAUGCCAAUUCAGUAACAAUGUUCACAGCUUCUCCUUCAUACCCACAUGUAUAUAUACCCAUAAUUGUCAGAGAUAUUAUCCUUUUCUACAAUGUCUGGCAGCUCACACCUAUAUUAUGAUGCAAGGGCUAGACCCUCUUGCAUCAUAUUAUAUGUGUGAUUGUCACACCAGAAGUUUCUGCCAGUGUAAUUAAAAAUUGAACUUCAACGAAACCUCAAGUAGGAAAGCUGAAUGAUGAGAUGAUAAUAAUAAACCUUACAUUUGAUUUCAUGUCAGAAGAAGAAGUGAAUGACCAUAAUUAUCUGGAGUAUUGUAAGGCAGAAAAUCAGGAAAAACUCUUCUUUGCAAAUAGGUGUGCCACAUGUGAGGUAGUUGGGAAAUGAGAAAGUAACAAGAGGGGGGAUAAAGGUUGAAACAAAAAUUAAAGUUAGAAGCAUUGAAAUAAAAAAAAACCACUACUGAGUCAGAGGUGAAUCUGGGUUCUCGAGGAUGGAUCCCAGGUGCUGUCAUCUGAGGGACAAAUAUUUUUCUUGAGGCUCGUUAUUUUUGAAAGUCACUUAGCUUAUCAAUAUACUAGCUGGACCCGUUGCAGCUUCGCUUGCCACCAAAGGAUCCAAUAUG